AUGCUAAAAUUCUUUUUCGUGGGUAGAAAGGUCACUAGCAGCGUGCCUGACAAUGAUGCGGUGCGGCGAGAUCAGCGGGAGGAGAUGGAGUUCGCAUCAUUCCUUGCCGCACCCGCAGCUGCAGGCAUUCGUGCGGAGCUGGACAGUCAUAGAAGCGUAGCAGCGGAGGUGCACCACCCUUCCCCAGUCGACACGGGACUUGAGGGGGUUGUGCUGCAAUUCCUCCAGACGGAAUCAUCGCCAGUCGAUGUACCGGUGAAGUUACUCGUGCUUCUGAUACAGCGUCUAGGCCGUGGCUGUGCUAACUAUGAUGAGGCGGACCUUGUUCCUUUCCUGCGUGUCUCCCUCCCUAACCUUCUUGCGCUGGCAAAUGCGAGUCCAUCUAAGAGUGGUGUAGCGAUGGUGGAGUUGGGGCUUGACGAGCACUUGUUGAUAGUGCUUCAAUUUGUUCGUUCACGACUGAUGAGCCGAACCACUAUGUGGGAUGCUGCUGCUGCGAGGGGUAUAGCCACAAGUGGUGCGGCAGUUGCGUCCGAGAACACAGAGGAAGGUACUUUUAAUACCGACACAAGCAAAAGCAGCGUAGGCGCGGUGCGGCACUCAUACGCUGUUUUGCGCAGGGAGGUGAUGACGAUCCUCCACAAUGUGUUGCGACUGCUGGUUGCUUUGCACGUCGGGGCGAUGCCAAUAGCAAACAACGCUACAGGACUGCCAAACAGUCAACUUGCGAAGGGGCAGGUGCGUUAUCGGUCUGAGAACAACUCCAUUGCAUCACUUGUGACAUUGCCGCACCGCAAUUCCUCAAUAGAAUCACCGAGUUCGACAGGUGUAAUUAGUGUUAGUGGUGACGUUGACCGCUCCGUAGUGCGCGAGUCAAUUGUUGCCGAAUGUGGGCAUCUGUUCCUUUACUGCUCGAAGGGUGUUUUGGACUUGAAUAUGCCGGGGGAGGAGGAGGAGCAGAUGGUGGCGGAGGUGUUGUGCUCGCUGGCGCUCCUUAUACCGAGUUUGUACCAAGAUCCAAGUGAACACAUUGUUCAUGUUUCACUCGCGGGCACUGGUGUUCAACUCGCCCGUUUCCUUGUUGUAAAGGAGCAGAAGGAGUCGGACGUGCUGCUACGCCAGUUGUCAUGCAGCUUGUUGCUUGUCACGAAGCUGCUGCGAGAAUGCCCACUUCUAACCAUCCAGGCUAUGGGCUCUGUAUAUUUCAUUGACAAUCUGGUGGAGGCGCUUCAAGUGAUGGGAACAAGAUACGAGUGCGCCCUUAACGACAAGGGCUACGCGAUAAUGCGAAGCGAGUGUAUGCAGGAGUUGCAGUCUAUCACAGAUAUAGAAGUGUUUCGUGUUCGCAGGAUGUCUGACAAAGUACUGGUACUCCCCCGACCGCGGUUUGACCGUUUGGCCGAUAACAGCAGUGCGGACGAAUUCCUGCAUUGCUAUCUUGGUCUUUUGGAAACACAGCGUCACAUAAAGACUAUGGCGGAGGUGCGAAGCAACUCAGCGGUACUGCGCCAAUUCAUAGAGAUUGAGCUAAGCAUACUCAAGAGUAUUCUAAAUGCCCCUGAGCUUCUUGCACCAGUAUCCUGCAUCUACGACACACUGAUGAAGUAUGUCAUUUACUCACUGCCGCUGAAUGAUGUAGGGGCACCGGAGAAGCAACGUAUUAGUGUUCUGAAACCGUUAUUAAAUGCUGGGCUGUAUCGUAUGCUGUUUCACGAACGUGCCUUAAAGGCAUUUCGAGAAGAUCCACGACUUCAGUACGCGGCGGUGUACCUGCUGCACUACAUGCUUACUCGCCCACCGUCCACAUGGGAAAGGGACACAAUGAGUAGUGUAGAGGAUGAGGUGGGUGUCAUUCUCGACACACUCCUCACUGGUGAGGCGGGUGAUACUCUGCACGAUAAACCGAAUGUCUUGGUGCCUCUCUGUGCCGUCUUGCUAUCGUCUGUCUAUGGUCCCAACUCCGCCUCUGUGGUGGAUGCUAUCUUGCAGAGUAAUGGCAUUGCAUUGUUUGCGACUAUUGCCAACAAAUUUAGCAUUACCGAUGGAAUAGAGAAUCGGGCGGGUAAUAUUGGCGGAUGGGUAACAUACCUGCUUACGCAGUUGAUGCGCCAGCCAGAGAUACAGUGUGGUGUCUUGAAGGAUCAGGCCGGCAUUGCCCUCUCACUUCUCCCCGUGAGGGACAUUCGAAGGGAUGCGGAGCAGAUGCUGACCGCCCUACUCACCCACCGCUGCGCCGAUACGGAGUACCCGCAGCGUAUGGAGUUACUGGUGAAGUUCACAUGGGAGUCUUUGAGUCAUUGUGCGAAGUUGGAUGGAGAAAUCUCUGAGACGACGGUCCCCAUCGAUGCGGAGGACGAAGACCACAUCUUUUUGUCCAUUUUGCAAUGCAUACGAGCUUCUAUUCGUGCUCUUCGCGCGGACUCGCCUUCUUGGGGUCCCGUGCGGCAGUUGCAAAACGUGCUUUGUGGCAGUGCGAGCAGCACACCUGACGCAUUUCUCCGUUUAUUGCAUCGAGCAAACUUACCGUGGAGCGGUGUAAAGGCGUCGCUCGGCCUUUCGUCCAUUCUGCACACCAUUUCCCUGCUUCUGCAGGGAAAUCCCGCCCUGCGUGCCCAUCUUUUCGAGACUGUUAGUGCCGAGCAGCUAGUCGAUUGCUUUAGGAGUGCUUGGUUUGCUUCGCGAGGAGGGUCGUGGCGAAACUUCGUCUAUUGCAUUCUCUCGCUUGUGUACGAGGAGGAUAGUGGCUCACCAGAGGAUGGCCCAUAUGUACGGGGGACCCAAUCAACUCCUAAUUCACCCGUCUCACAUGCGGGUGAGAAGAAUUACACAAUAAUGCAGAAUCCAGAGAUAUUGGUGCCACUAUUGCGUAUUUUCACCACAGUGACAGAGUUUAAGACGAAACACCGUGACGCACUUGAGUACCUCCUUGCCCGUAUCUCACACACAUUGAAAGACUCACGUGUCUCGCUGUGGAUGGUGGCUAAUGUCGGUUUGUUUGAGUCGCUGACGGCGUUGAUUCCUGUUGUUACUGGAACUGCCCUUCUAGAAAUGGUGCUGGCACUCAUGAUGAACAUUGCCACCCACCAUAUUAAUGUACGUGAGACAAAGCAGUUCCUGAUCAGUAUUGUUCAUACAAACAGCGAAGAGGAAAGAUGUCGGUUUGUGCCAAUAGUUAUUGAGGUACUGAAUGUCGCCUCCUACGCUUUUUUUAACCGUCAGACGGAACGACAAAACUACAUCGCCUUCCGCGAGUAUAGUGGACUGACUGGCGUAAAGGCUAUGUUGCCGGACUUCCCUGCAGAUGGCUACUCUGUAUGUAUGUGGUUGCGGUUGGAGCGUCGCGUUGACCGACGUAUGUCGCAAUGCAUCUUCUCGCUGCAAGGGGUAGAGAAGCGAACUGUUUUGGAGGUUGUAGCCACUGCUGAUGGAGUUUUUGUUAUUUUCCAAGAUGCACAGAAAAAGACUCUUGAGCUGGGGUUAAGCUUCAGCCUUACGCCACAGUCGUGGACACAUCUGGCGGUGGUUCAUCGACAGGCCAUCUUUCCAUUUACCAAGAGCGAGUUCGUGCUUUUCAUCAACGGGGCAGAGGUGACGACUGUGUCACAAGUGCAAUACCCACAGUUGUUGCGGGGCUUCUUUUUCAUUGGUACGCGUGGUGAGGACGUUGAGCAGCGCACCUCCGGUGGCUCCUUCACUGGGCAGAUGACCGCCGUGUACUUCUUCAGUCGCGCGCUGUCUGCAAAGGAUGUGAUGGAGCUCUUUGUCGGGGAAACUGAUGUGUUGAAUGUGAAGUCGUACGCCUCGCACGUGGCGGUGUGUGUCGACCCCCGCUUUGGCGAGCGUGGUCAGCUGCGGAACUUGGCGACGUUGCCGCGCGGGAAGCCAUCGGAGAGGCCGCUCAUCACCUACGAGGGUACCGUCGCAUGUAACACCAGCAGCAUCAUAGACUCUAUUUGCGUGCUCGGGGCGCUGCAGACAGUGGUGGUACCGCUGCUUGUUCUGCUGGUGAACCCACAGCUUCCGUUUCAGUGCCGUGUACCCGCGGCGAAGCGCAAGACAGUACCGGAGGCGACGCGUAAGGCGCUGGACGACCUGCUGAAGCUGGUGGAGUCACUGCUCCUUAGCAACAUUGUGCGUGCGGAUGUACUGGAGGUUGGCCUUUUUCCUAUGAUCUCCCACGUGCUGCAGCAGUUCGUCGCCUACCACUGCCCCAACCUUCCACAGCGUUUGUGCAAUCUCUGCACUGCACUUCUGCCGGAUGGCGCCGUCUUCGACGCGGCGUACACAGUUCUCUUUCUCUCUGGGGAUCUACUUCACGCGUGCGCGGAACCAACGCAGCUGAUGCUCAUCAAGACACAAUAUAUUGUGUGCGGCACAAACACUACAUUGCGCCAGCGUGUGAGCGGCCUCGACCUUCUUAGCUUCAUCGCCGGUGAGGUGGCACAUGUAUACAACACGGAAACCACACAUCACUAUGCAAUGCGGACAGAGUUCUUUUCUCUCAUGGAGACAAUCAUGGUGGGUCCUGUCACACUGAAUGACGCAGAGGCUAUUCUCCGUUUGGUGAAGAGUGUGGUGGAAGACAAGAGGGAGGAGACUUCAUUGGUCAUUGAAAUUCUAGAGCGCACCCGACUUCUGGUUGUCAACAGAAACCCUCUCCUUGCUGUUUUUAUGGGCAAGAAGGAGUUCGCCGCAGUUCUCAUUCCACUUCUCGAUGAUGCUCGUGCUGCCCUUCGAAACGAAGCCCUGCUAUUCUUUUGCUUGCUUGUAAGCCGUUCACGGCGGACGCAGGAGUUGCUAAACCCCGCCUUGUUGACAUCUCACGAGGCAGUACAUGUCAUGUACGAUGUUUCCUUGUCGUGGCUGCGAGAUAAACUCCAGGCUGCAGAUGUGGAUGUCGGGCUGUACGAAACGCUUCGUGCGGCCCUAACGGGUCGGUUUGAUGUUUCGUUGAAGGGAUGUGUUGAGAUGGGGGGGAGUGACAAGAUUGUCUUUGCCCCCGCCCUGACACCGCUGCUACAGCUGAUGAAACGCUGCCAGAAUAAGGCAAUGAAGACCAAGGCGAUGCAGGACAUUGCUUCCCUGGUAGAGCACGACCCAUCGUCAUGGAAGGCGAUUGUCUCGGUGCCAGGGUGGUACGCGAGUAUCGUUGAUUUGUAUCUCUCUGAGGAUGAAUCACGCAAUGAACAAUCGAAUGAGGGGUCAGCCCUUUUUGCGGCAACAACGGUUAUAUUUACCCGUUCUGUCUUUCUUGCGCUUCGACAGGAGACAUAUGGGGCAUCUGAGUUGGAGCUUCUGGUGGCCUACCUUGUCCAACAGCGCGCCCAUGUUCUUCUAAAUGCAGUCCUGAUAAGAGUGGUGAAGGAGUACAUAGAAUUGCUUACUGCCCGUCGGGAUGGGAAUGGCGGGACAAAUUUUGUACUUGGUGGCCAAUUGGCUUCUUCAAACUUUACUGCACUUCUCUUCGUGAUUGAGGACGUGCUCUUCUACUCUGCCACAACAUAUCAGGCGUACGGUGUGGUACGGCACCCAGAGCCGCAACGCAAGCGUGGAUAUACUGAAGCGGAUGAAUUAGUGGUGACCGCCGUUGGUCAAAACGCACAGCAAAAACAGGAGCAGUCCCAGUCCCUAUCGCUGUUUCAAGAACCCUGUGAAAUGCCAGAUCGAACCUCAUUCCGUUCUGGUGACCUGAUGUGGAUUCACAAUGCACCUGAUGGUGUGUGGCUACAUGCCUCACUUGCGGCGCGUACAAUGGAUCUUAUCACGGUGCAUAGCACGAUUCUCAACUGGGGUGGAACUAGCAGCAACAGCAGCAGCAGCGGUAAUGGUGGCAUGGACGUCUGUCCACGCGGGCGGCGGCUUCGAAAGGGUGGUUGUAUGCGUCUUUUUGUGCGACUAUUCCGCUUGUUGUGUAGUUUUACGCUACGCAACGAAGCGCAGGUGGACGACAUACUCUUUCUGGCUGCGCGUUGGGUGCAACUUGUAGAGAACGAGCAAGGAUCAUUUAUGCUGCUUCGCCGACAAUUGACGGAGCAGAAGGAACAUUCGCCUCUGUCCAGUUCUAUGAUAAUGAUUCUCAGCUUGCAUGAGCUCCUCACUCGGCGGUUGCGAUUCUCGGUACAAGGACCAUCACUACGCCUUCAAGAUGCCAACCACGAGAUUUUGGACCGCAUCAAGUGCCUCUGCAUCCUUCAUCGAAAAGCCUUCAACCAAAUGCAGGUUUUUCACACGGAGGCGCCGUCGGAUGGUUACGCGCUAGUAACGCUCAAAGGCACACUUGAUUGGCUAUGUUAUCGCGGACGUGUGAGCUCAAUGAGCGACUUUGUGGAGGUGGCCUCUCGCCAGGAUUAUGACGCGUUCAUAUUUAAAUGUACGCUAACGAUGGAACGGGAUCAGUUAACAGAGAAAAGUAUGGUGCAGCACAUCGAGCAGGAGCAUGCCAUGACGAUGGCGCAGCUGCACGAGAUAAUCACCAACCUUAGUGUGGUGCGAAAGACGAUGCUCGACGCGCUGGAGGAGUACCUGCAGGCGACCACGGAACAACGAGAUGAGGUUGUGGCAUCAACUGAGCGAUACACCCCACAGGCGGCUCACACACUCGCCACGGUGGUGUUCAACACUGUGUGGACGCGCUUCCUUGACCGGUGCAAGGGCACCAUUUGGGAUCUUGACCCUGCGGGUCAGCACAGCAUCAAAUACGUCCGGCUACGGGAGGUGGAGCAGCAAUUACUUGUGCGUCGAAAACUGUUGUUCGACUUCAAUGGCACAGACCAUGCGAACAUCACUGCAAUGGGAUCGCUCCCGCCCGAUACACAGCCGCCUGGAACACAGAGCUUGAGCUUGCGCGGCGGGGAGCAGCUGCUACUCUCGUCUGACGAGGCUCGUAAUGAGGACGAAGAGGAUGGAGAAGAGGGAAGGAAGGGGGAAGAGAGUGUGGAAGAUAUCGCCAGUAUUUCGGCUCUCCCGUCGACACAGGAGAUCAACCCAACUGUUCAUUUCUCCAUGGCCUGCGAGGUACCCUAUAUGAUGCAUUGCUGGAGCGCAACUUUAAUGAUCCGAGAAGGGGAUCUCUGCAUCUUUUUCGAUGACGAAAACACAUCGUAUAACCAACGCAUCGCAGAAAAUGUAGAUUCAUUUCUCAUCAAGCCACGUAGUAUUAUCUAUCCAUCUGGGCAUACAUCAAUUCUGGCGCCAGGGCGAAGAUUUCGUAUGCAGCGUAGCGCUCUCGAGUUGUGGUUCCGUGAUGGACGGAGUGUUAUGAUUAAUUUUGCCACCAUAGCAGAUAUGCGCAUUGCCGUGAGCAAUAUACGUACUGCAGCGGAACGACACAAGGUUCCCUAUAUGCCCUUCUACGUAUUCAAUGAGAAUCCAAAGAAAGAGCAACUGCUGCGGCGGCGCACGGAACAAUGGCGUGGCCGCGAGAUCUCCAACUUUGACUACUUGCUGUGGUUAAACUUUUUCGGUGGCCGCACGCUUAAUGACUUGACGCAGUAUCCUGUAUUUCCAUGGGUCCUUUCGGACUACACCAGUGAGCGACUCGAUCUUGAGAACAGCUCCACAUUCCGUGACUUGACGUUACCAGUAGGAAUCUGCGGGGAUCCAAGGUGCCGUGCACGGGUGGAGUUGCGAUACGAAGAGACAAAGCAACUCGGAGAUGUACCGGCGCACUACUUUACCCACUACAGCUCACCUGCUGUUGCGCUCUACUACAUGGUACGCCUGGAGCCUUUUACAACACUGCAGAUCGUCCUGCAGGGGGGGCGCUUUGAUCACGCGGACCGCAUGUUCCACUCGAUGGCCACUUGCUGGCAUGGCGUAACAACCAAUUUACAGGAUGUGCGGGAACUCAUCCCUGAGCUUUUUUACCUUCCUGAGUUGUGCAUAAAUAAGAAUGGUGUGCAGUUUGGGUGCAGGCAAGAGGGGGAACCCAUGGACGCCCUGGAGCUGCCGCCUUGGGCUCACGGGGACCCUUAUGAGUUUAUCUAUUGUAUGCGUGAGUCCCUUGAGUGCGACUAUGUCUCGUCUAUGUUGCAUCAUUGGAUUGAUCUCAUUUUUGGAUACAAGCAGCGUGGCAAAGAAGCUAUCGCCGCCCUCAAUGUCUUUAAUUGGCAUUCUUACGAGGAGCUAGACAAGAAUCACAGCAGCGAUGUGGAUCAGAAGCUGCUGAUUGACUCACUUGACAACAUCGGACAGACUCCUACUCAGCUCUUCACACGGAGUCACGCUGAGCGGCGUCCACAGGAGGUGGCAGAUCCUGUCGUCUGCUUGCUGAAAGCAAUGACUGUUGAUAUCCACCGUACGUGUGCUCGUGUGGCUCGAAUAGUGGUGCUCGGCUCCGACCGCGUUCGUGUUGUUGGCGGAAGUGGCGCCACCAUGUUAUUCCGUCUAGUUGUGACACCUGUCACGAAGCGUGCGUUGGAGGCUAGCACGGUGCCUCCACCGGGAAUGCCUGGCACUGUCCCCGGCGCGAUUGCAACAACAACAACACCAACUUCACUCUCAGGUCGCCUCGGUAAUAGUGGUGUUGGCGGUGGUAUCGCGCCUGGUCGCCCAAGUGUUGACGUGAUAGAGGAGGUAGAGCGGCGGACGGCACCGCUUCCCUCUGGUGUGGUGCCAAGCACCAGUGGCAAGGGCGGCGGCCCCUGCGAGACGGAAAACAUAGCGUUGCUGUGCCUCGACAAUGAGAUGUUUGUCGCGUUUGGUGGCCUCUUUGACAACACAUUUAUGGUAUGCCCGCUGGACUCUUCUUCGGUGUGGAGGGGAGAGCGGCUGAGCGCCCACCGGGGUCGCAUCGUGUGCAUUGCCGCAAGCGCUGAUAGUGAGUACCUUGUGAGCGGUGCGGAGGACACCACAUUUAUUGUGUGGAGUUGCCACCUGAAGCACGGCCACAGCAAAAUACACGUCGACCUUCUCUUUACAGUGUACGGCCACGAGGACAACCCCACCGCGGUGGACAUCAACCCAACACUUGACCUCGUUGCGACAGCCAGCAGGGACGGUGUGCUGAUGCUGCAUAGCGUGACCAGCAGCAGACUCGAGCGCAGCCUGCGUCACCCAGAUAAAUAUCCCAUUGACCGCGUGUUGAUUCAGUCGUCGUGUUUUUUGCCCAAUAUUCUGUAUACUUCUAUGACGGACCACGUGAUACAUCAAAUCAGCAUCAAUGGUGUUGCUAUGCAUUCCUUGGCGGUACCGGGGCGAAUCACAAGCUGGUGCAUAACACCGAAGCAGUACAUCCUUGUCACCACAGCACCAUAUACAAAGUAUAAUGCAUCCGAGGAGUGUGGUGGGACGGCCCUCUUUAUUCAUUCAUUUUAUCUCUCUAUUCUGAAAACUGUUGCUUGCCCAUUGUUGAAUGCUGGCAGUACGCUCUCCUGCUGUGCCGUCCACCCCUGGAACCCUCAGGUUAUUCUCUGUGGAUCAUCGGAAGGGUCGCUGUUGCUCUUACGUGCGGAGUAG